AUGUCUAACACUGACCAUACGAAUGAUUACGAGGGAAAGUUUGACGGAGAAUGGUAUCUUAAUACCUACUAUGAACCUACACUUGAGAUCUUAGAAGAGGAUGUAUAUCUACGGUUUACUCUGGACAGCUUACACGACGCGUUUAGGACAGUUAAGCUGACCGGAGGUCGCCUGCUGGACGUCGGUACUGGUCCAACACUACAUUCAGUUAUCAGUGCAAGUCAACAUGUUGAGGAAAUUUUCCUGAGUGACUACACGGACCAGAACAGAAUAAUGCUCACCGAUUGGUGGAAAUCGGGAGCGAGGACACAGACGGGAAUAAUGGCGUAUGUCUUACGGAAAGAACAGUCAAUUCAGACCAUAUCUACCAGACUUAAUGACAUGCGGCAGAAAGUCCAGGGAAUUUUACCAGUUGAUGUACAUUUGGAACAACCUCUCGGGACUGAGUACGGUUCGGAGUAUUUCGACAUCGUCAUUUCUAGUCUAUGCCUCGAAGUUGCCUCGACGUCAUUGGACGAGUAUAAGAAGGCAACCGGUAAUGUAUGUAGCCUGAUCAAACCAGGGGGCUACUUUGUCCUGGUAGGUUUAUGUGGCCAGUCGUUCUACAAAGUCGGUGACAGCACUUUCAGUAGUCUCCCUAUGGAACUUCGCGAGGUAGAGGAUACCCUUGAAAUUCUAGGAAAUACUCUUCUUAGUAUACGCUGGAUUAAAACGGAGUACAGUGAAUUAAGUGACACAAAAGGGGCGUUUGUUAUCGUAGCUCAAAAGAGCAAGAGUUGA